CUCCAAUGUAUACCACAGAGCACUUGGAUCACUAAUACGAUGGCGGUUGAGGCAGAUAAGUUCAUGUGCGCUAACGUCCAGUGACACGAACGAUCUGAGGCACUUCUCCUUCUCUAGCAAUAUGGGCUGCGUUCCGAUAUUCACUUCCAGUACUGGAAAUCUAUAGCACAUGUGAUGUGAGGUAUAGAUUUUUAGUACUGACAGUGAAUAUCGGAACGAAGCCAUGGAUCCGCUCGAAAAUUUGUUUGCUGGUAUUAAUGAUUUAUUUGGAAUAGAUGAGAACGAUGACGAAAUAGAGAAUAUCGCUGUUAAUGCAAUUGUUGAAAUGAUAGAAGGUUUUGCUCAAAGAAGACACAGGACAUGUGUAACCAACUACAUUGAAAAUAUAGUACCAACGUAUACAGAUAGAGACUUUGUUAUGCAUUAUCGUUUAAAAAGAACGNUUUUCAUGAGUUUAGUAGAAAAAUUUAGCCAUUGGCCAUAUUUUAGAAAUUUGGGAAGACAUGGAGGAUUUGAAGUAAUUUCAGCCGAAAAACACAUUCUCACCUUUCUNUGGUUUGCUGGGCACCAAAGUGCAAGCUUUAGGGAUGUAGCUGAUAGAUUCGAUCUUUCUCUCAGUACUCUCGAAUCGGUGCUACGGAGGGUCACACAAUUUUUAUAUGAUGUAAGGAAUGAAUUUAUUCGAUAUCCGACUGAGAUGGAGAAGCAAAGAACGCAGAGAUACUAUUUAGAAAAUAAAGGUUUUCCAGGAAUAAUCGGAUGUAUUGAUGGCUCACAUAUCCGUAUUGACAAACCUUCCGAAGAUCCAGUAGCCUACAUUAACAGAAAACGUUAUUUUUCUGUACAUAUGCAGGGAGCAGUUAAUGAGCAAAAAAAAUUCUUAGAUGUAUUUAUCGGAUAUCCUGGCUCAGUGCACGAUGCAAGAGCAUUUGCAAAUUCUAGCUUGGCUGAAGACUUGCCAGCACUUUGUCAAAAUGGAAGCAUAUUUCUUGCAGACGCUGCAUACCCAUGCCUUCUCCAAUUAAUUACUCCAUAUCGGGAUAACGGACAUUUAACGCAGGCUCAAAGAAAUUUUAAUCGCAUACACAGUCAAUGCAGAGUUUCUGUGGAACAUGGAUUUGGGGUGCUGAAACAGCGUUUCAGGCAGCUAUAUUUUCUUAAACUGAGGAACAUGCAGUUCAUCGUCAAAUUCAUUCUCGCUUGCUGCGUCCUUCACAAUAUGGCUGAUUUAGAUGAUUUGCAGCACAUGGAACAACUUGAAGAUGACGACUAUAUCGAUGUGAACGCGCAAGCGUUGUUACAUCAUGUCCCGGCAGCAGAUGGAGAUGAAAAUCCAAUUGAUGAUCGACGUGGUAAAGAUUUUAGAGACGAAUUGUGCCGACAAUUAUUUCAAAGGCAAAUCAACGAAUAAGAGAAUAUUCAUAACAAACUUGCAUAACUACAUAAUGUCUAUGCAUUAUCAUAAUUGUGUUAAUUAUUUUUUCAUAAAAAAAAGUAAGCAAUUGAUUGACUAAGUUUUAUUUAUACAUGUAUUAUGAGCUUAUGCAAAUUGGUUUAGAUAUAUCCCUAAAAAGUAACGAGAUGAUUAACUCUCCUAAUAAGUAUUUUUUUGUCAAAUUAUAUAGCUAAGUUAAAAUGUGUUCUCACAUUUGAUUUUUAUUUCGUGCGUGUACAUAUAAUUUUAUUUAUUUUGUAGCACCAUGAAGUAUUAUUUUAGUGAUUAUGAAGCUUAAUUAUUAAGAUUAUAAGUUUAAAAAAUAGAAUAAAAAACACUUAAAUGUUAAGUUCCAAUGUUAAUGUUUUAUUCUUUGUAUAUUUUAUGUCUAAAUAAUAGAAAAUUGUUCAAAGUUACAUCUACGAAUCAGUCUGGUUUAAUCUCAUAUAUCCUAGUUUUUUAUAAAAAUAUGUGUAGAAAAAUACAAUACAUAAAUGCAUAAUGUAAAACAGUACAUGUUUUAUAUAGCAUACAGUUACUUCAUUGAUGAUUAACAAAAAAUGUAACAGUUUUGAUCUUCGAUCGCUAGCUGAUUGUUUACUCUGCAAGUUAUGCUGUUUUAAAAACUCAACAAAUAAACGCAGUUUGCGCUUUUGCAAAGCUUAACACAAAACUUUGUCUAUCAAUACCAACAAAAAAUAAACAACAGAAAAUAUAUCAAAUUUACACAGCGAAUUUCAUUUAAAAAAUCGCACUCAGUGCGACUUUGAUAGCCUGUACAAAUGGCAUUCACUGUUAAUGAAAAGAUAAACUAAAAAUUAUUUCAACGUAAAAAAAACUUCAAACAAAAUAAACAUUUUCAUAA